AUGUCUGACGUCGCUCCCUGUCCCACUGGCCGAAUUUGUCUUGGUGUAGCUGCUCUUGACGACCAUCUUUAUGCGGUAGGCGGCUUCAAGGAACAUGGACGCCGAGCCCUCGACAUUGUUGAGCGCUAUAACGUUCGACGAAAUGAGUGGACCUCUGUGGCAUCUAUGAGUUCACGUCGGACCAAUUUUUCACUCUCCGUGUUAGAAGGUUGCCUCUACGCUGUGGGAGGGGCCAACGAUGGUUUUGUUCUCAGUACUGUGGAGAGGUUCGACCCACGAGUCGGUAUAUGGGAAAAGGUUUGUCCGAUGCCAACCCCUCGAGAUAGUCAUGCUUCUGCAGUGCUCCAUAGCGAAUUGUAUGUAGUAGGUGGAUACAACAAAAGUUCACUCAUAAUGAGCUCUGCUGAGAAGUACGAUCUCCGAACUAAUAAAUGGACCUUAGUAGCUGAUAUGAGCUGUAGCCGGAAUGGUGUGGGACUGGCUGCAGUCAAUGGAAAACUGUAUGCUAUAGGUGGACUUGGUCAUGAUUCGGUUGAAGUUUUUGAUCCUACAGCGAACCUCUGGGAACACCACAGUAACACAAUCGGCAAACGUUCCUAUACUGGAGUGGCUGUACUACAAAAGCCAUAG